CCAUAUUCGAAAACCCACACGUUAAUUAGGUGAGUCAUGCCGCUAACCCCAAAAUGAAAGGUUGAAUUCGUUCGUCGUUGUCUAGAUCAACGACUAAGAAGUGUCACAAAUUUAUUCCGAAGUUUUUGGGCCAUAUAUUUUCCCACUGCGAACGUGGCCAUAUUCCAACUGUGAACGUGGCCAUAUUCCCAGCAAGGAAGUAAAAAAUUUCUUUUUACGACCAAAAAUUUCCAAAACCCUUCACGUACGCAGAGCUGAUCUUCAUGCCUACGAGCAGCGCAGUCUCUCCCUUUGCUUAUUUCAUAAGGUACACACCACUUCUUUCAAAAACAAAACUUUCAAUCGAAUUCUUUGAUGGGUCUCCCUGAAAAAGCACUGGGAACGAUUUGAUAAAAUGUGGGGUUUGUGGAAGUAAGAUUCUAGAACAAGAAGAAAGGGUUUAGAGACAGGGGAUUGAUGAAAGAGGUUGAAGGAAGAAGGGUUUGUCAGGAGUUUUCAGCUGGGUAUUAUGGUCUUUGUGCUGUUGGAGGAAUGCUCAGUGCUGGGACUACUCAUCUUGCUAUUACACCUCUUGAUGUCUUGAAGGUUAAUAUGCAGGUUAAUCCAAUCAAGUACAGUGGCAUUUCUUCUGGUUUUUCUAUUCUUUGGAGGGAACAAGGUCCUUCAUCACUUUGGAGAGGUUGGUCGGGAAAGUUAUUUGGGUAUGGAGUUCAAGGCGGCUUCAAAUUUGGUCUCUAUGAGUACUUUAAGAAGUUCUAUUCCGAUUUGCUGGAAGGCCAUAGUAGAAGUUCCAUAUACUUUCUCAGCAGUGCUUCUGCUCAAGUUUUUGCUGACGUUGCUCUCUGUCCUUUUGAAGCUGUCAAGGUCAGAGUCCAGGCACAACCCUAUUAUGCCAAGGGGUUGGCUGAUGGGUUUCCAAAGUUAUACUACAGUGAAGGUCUUUCGGGUUUCUACAGAGGCCUUUUUCCACUCUGGGGAAGGAAUCUUCCAUUCUCCAUGAUAAUGUUCUCAACAUUUGAGCAUUCAGUGAACUUCAUAUAUCAGAAUAUCAUUCAGCGCAGAAAGGAAGAUUGCUCGAGAACCCAACAGCUUGGUGUUACAUGUUUAGCUGGCUAUACAGCUGGAGCUUUCGGUACUUUUGUCUCAAAUCCAGCUGAUAACAUUGUUUCCUCUCUUUAUAAUAAGAAGGCUGAUAAUGUGCUGCAGGCAGUGAAGAAGAUAGGAUUUGGAAAUCUAUUUAUUAGAAGCCUUCCUGUCAGAAUUACAAUUGUUGGUCCUCUUGUUACUUUGCAGUGGUUCUUCUAUGACACCAUUAAAGUGCUAAGUGGACUGCCUACAAGUGGAGGGAUCAACAACAGGAAAUUGGAAGAAGCAAAACUAUCAACUUAGAGCUUUCUGGUGAAGGCAAGAACUCGUUGAUGGUCAACAGGAGAAUGCAUACUUUGAGAAAAUGUCAAUUACCAGGUUCACACUUAACAAAAACAAGGCAAUUUUUUUGUUAUUAUUAUUAUUUUUAUCUCCUAUUGCCAUUUAAAUAAAUUAAGUUUUGGUUGGGUCUCUGUUGCUUUGCUAAAGCCACAAAAUUUGCUUCUUUUUUGCCUUCCUUUGUUCUUUCUUCCCAACUAGCUGUAGUCUUAGCUGAAGAGUGACAGAAAAACUCUACUUCUGACCAAAUGUCCUGAGGGUUAUAGUAAAUAGCUUACUGGAAUCCUUAUAAUUUUUGUUCGAUCGCAAACUUAUCAGUCGAAAUCUGUAUUAGUCAGAUAUUUGAAUUUCUUCUUUUAUAGAUAUUUUUCCUUCUGGGAGGAGCUGUAGCUAAUGAAGUAGAAUGGUGUUUCUUUUGUUGAUCUGCAUAAGCAGUUGUAUAUGAUGAAAUUAAUAUAGAAAAACACAUUUGCUAUUAUAUAGAUAUAUAUAGAUAUUCAUUAAAGUUCA